GUCAUUCAUGGAGACGCUAACUUUCUCAGUGGAUGACUUGAGAGACCAGAUAGUCUCCCUUGGUCAAUACGUGACGCCGAAGACUGCUGCUCUCGUCGCGGCUGCUACAACUCUUGCCUGGCUUGUGUAUCGUGCCAUUCGGCGAGUACGUGUCAAAUCGCUCAUCCGUGGUCUUCCUGGCCCAGACAAUCCAUCAUGGCUUACUGGUAACUUCCCAGAAAUAUAUGAUGUACUAAACGUACGAUGGCACCAAGAGGCUGUCAAGAAAUACGGAAAGCUCUUCCAGAUAAACGGCAUGUUUGGUGACGAGCAGCUUUAUGUUGUCGAUCCUCGCGCGAUGCAUCAUGUCCUUGUCAAGGAAAAUGCAAUUUUUGAAGAGCCUCAGUCUCUCCUUGUAAUGAAUCGCGUUCUCAUGGGCGAUGGUCUCCUCGCCACCCUCGGCAACCACCAUAAAAAACAGCGCAGGAUACUUAACCCAGUAUUUUCUGCAAAGCACAUGCGUGACCUCCUCCCAGCAUUUUGGCCGGUAACGCAGAAGUUAUGUAAAGUGUUCGAGUCAAAGCUUGAAGUAGGUGCAACAGAGAUAAACGUUUAUGAAUGGGCUGGCCGAUCGUCUCUGGAACUUCUCGCGCGGGGAGGGUUAGGCACAACUCUCGAUUCUUUGGUGGACGGAGAGGUCAGCGAACACGCCAAGCUUAUUAAAGAGAUGGUACCGACAGUAUCUCGCUUGCAUGUCCCAAUGCAACUUCUUCCACUCGUCUACCCAUUCUUCCGGGCCCUCCCCGAGGGACUACGAACUAAUAUGCUCAAAUAUUCUCCUUUCCCUUCCGUUCGAAGGCUCAUAGAGAUCACCGAACGUCUUGAAACUACCAGUCGUAUGGUGUUGCAAAGCCGUAGCGCAGCAGUCCUUAACGAGUUAUCAGAAGGCCGUAACAAGGAGUAUGAUGAUACAUCAAUCAUGCAUAAUCGUGCGAAGGAUAUCCUGAGUGCCUUGUUGCGCGCACAACUCAAUGCACCAGAGUCGGAAAACAUGCCAUAUUCUGAAGUUGUUAAUCAUGUCACAACGCUUAUCUUUACGGCGCAAGAUACGACGGCAUCAGCUCUAUCCCGUUGCCUCCACGUCCUCGCCGCUCAUCCAGAGGCACAAGCCCUACUUCGUCACGAAGUCCGAAAGGCAAAAGAAGUGGCUGACCAGACGGAAUCAGCUUUCGGAAAUUAUGACGACCUCAUUCGGCUUCCGUUCCUCGACGCAGUCGUUCGUGAGACGUUCCGGAUGCACACCCCCGUAAGCUGGAUAUGGCGCGUUGCCCGUGCACCCACGACGCUCCCACUUUACCAACCAAUCCAAGUUAACGGGAAAGGCGGAAAGAAAGAAACCCUUGCUUCCAUUCCAAUCGCGGAAGGCCAACAAAUAGUGAUUGGAAUUGCGGCCUCGCAUCGCGAUGAGAGUACUUGGGGAUCAGACGCUAACAUUUGGCGUCCUGAGAGGUGGUUGUCUUCCUCCCAAUACGAAGGAGAGGUCACUGGAGAAGAUGAAUGGAAGGCCGAUUUGCGCCCUGUACCAGCUCAGGUGGAUAGCGAGGCGCGAUAUCCUGGAAUUUAUUCCGGAAUGAUGACUUUUGCUGGAGGUGGUCGCUCUUGCAUUGGAUUUAAAUUCGCGCUACUCGCGCUAAAACUGCAACUCGCUGCGCUCGUUGAUCGCUUCGAAUUCUCACUAUCUGAAGAAGAGAUCGUCUGGAACAUGAACCAUAUCGCUGCUCCGACCGUCCGUGGCCGAGAAUCAGAAGGCGCACAGCUACCCUUGCGUGUGUCAAUUGCUGCAUGAUAAUGAUGACUUCAAUAUGGAUACUUUCUUCAAUACUAUAUGCGUAACUCCAUUAGCUUUAGUUUGUGUGCCGAUCCUGAUAUUCGAGAGAACUAAAACAUUAUCGUCCAACCGUGUACUUAAA